UUUUCUCUCUCUCGCGAAACAUACAGUCUUGUUGUUCCAGCACAUAGCGAUUUGAUUUCCACCUCCGCUGCACGAUGUCAUGUCCAAACCCCCGACAACACUGUGCAACGUUGCAGCCCAAUCAUAAAGCUACCUCAGGUAAUACAAAAAAGUAGAAGCGACAGACUGCAGGGAGCAGCAAACAGCGCACAAGCAGUACAAAAACAUGCAGAUGGACAUUCGCCGCUCUGCGCGAUUCUUUUCAAUUUGUCCCAAUCGAAAAUGCCGGGUGUUGUUCAUCAAAUCGAUCCGGCUGCCGACACUGUUCUUCUUUUGAAGAAUCCUGGAGCACCCUUCGCAGUAUGGAAAACCGUACAUAGCGAUGAUGAAGUCACUAUGAGUGCUCAAGACGAAGGGGGUACGUUCGAGAACGAUGAGAGCGAAGUGGAGAUGGAAGAAGACAACGAAACAGAAAGUCAGCACGAAUCAUCAGACGACAAAGCAGUGCGAUACUUGGUCUCAUCACGUCACUUGACAUUCGCGUCCGGGUACUUCAAAAGCAGCCUUGGUCGGGUAGGCUGGAUGGAAGGACACCCUAGUGAAGCAGACGGCAUGUACCAUCUCACCACCACCGAUUGGGAUCCGGAAGCGCUUCUCAUCAUGUUGAAUAUUCUACAUCUCCAGAACCGCAAAGUUCCCCAAACUCUGAGUCUGGAGAUGAUCGCCAAAAUGGCAGUGUUGGCUGAUUAUUAUCGAUGCGGAGAAGCAAUGGAAACCUUCACGGACAAGUGGCUCACGGGAGCGGCACAAUCGUCGCCUAUCCCUUGGACAUACAGUCGCGAGCUGGUACUUUGGGUGUGUAUUGCAUGGGUUUUCAAACGUUCAGUCGAGUUCAGCUGCGCGACGCGGAGAAUCAUCUAUAGAAACCAGAAGUCUACUGUGAACGAUAUGGGUCUUCCGAUUCCAACGGUUAUCCUUGAUAAGACUGAGCAUGAGCGGUACCGAAAUCUGAACAAUGUGUUUGAUUGCGUCCAAGCUUGGUCUGACACAUGGCGCGAUCCCUGCUACCAAUGUACCAAAUGGGGAGCGAGCAGCUUCCCAUGCGCUUCUAUGUUACUGGGGGCUCUCACUAUAGAGAUGCAUCGUCUAGGUUACAUUACACCACGCCCCGAAAUACCAUUCAAUUAUCUGAGUGUUGCGCUGGUAUGCCAACAGAUUCGCGAUUUCGCUGAGCCACGCUGGUACUCAGAAAUGCACAGCUAUGGGAGGGCUGACCAUGUCUGUAGUCUCGAAGAAACGGUGAAGAAGGAUGUGGUUAAGAUCAAGAACAAACUUGCAGGGUUAAAGAUGGAUGAGUUCAAGGACAGAGCUGAGGACGCUGAUGCUGUGACAACAACAGCGAUACUUUGA